UUGUCAUCACGGAACGGGUACGGCGGGCAGUUUAAACCACCGGAUAUGACGUGUGGGACAAAAACGUUCACGUUUUGUUUUUUUGUCAGGUUGGCAUGGAUUUCUGCUCUUAAACAAAACUCAUGGGGUUGAUUUCGUCUUUGUUCGGUGACGUCACAAUUUCCAUAAUAUAUUCGAAUACGUUUAACGAUUUAGCUAAACCAGGAUGUCCGUGGUAGUGAAUCCUACAGCACAAUGCAGCUAAAUCUAACGAGCCAAUAUUAACUAGCGUUAGCACGGCUAACGGAGUUGCUAACAUUACCUGCUUUUUGGUAAAAUGGCCACUAGCAAUAUUUGAGGAAAAUGAAGAGAAAAGUGGCCAAAUUACGACUCAGUCCGAACGAAGAAGCUCGGAUAAUACGGGAGGAAUAUGAACGGAGGAGGAAAUUACGAAUACAGCAGGUGCGGGAGCAGCAGAGGUGCAUCUCGCUGCAGAUCCGCCGAGAGGUUGAGCAGAGACGGCAGCGUGAGCUGGAGCAGCUGGAGCAGCAGCUGAGGGAGGACUGGGAGCGACAGCAGAGGGAGAAACUCCACGCACUGCAGACGCUCUACCAGGAGAGUCUCCAGCUUGUCGGUCAGGGACACAGGAGUGCAAAAGAAAACGAACCUGACUUGGAAGCCAUAGCUCAGAGGAAGGAGGAAAAUCACGUCAAAGCAGAGGAGCGUUAUCGGGAAGCCCUGAAGGAGCUCAAAUCACAGAGGCUUAAAGAUGACGAGAGGCAAAGCCGACCGAUCAAUGCCAGGAAGAAGGCGCUACACGCAGAAAAGGAAAGAUCAGCAAAAGUGGCCAGCCUCCCACCGCCUCUCCCCAACCCCAUUCAGCAGAGCAUCGAUUCCAAGAAGCCGUGUGUAGUGAAGAAAUCUGACCUGAGUGCCUUCGCCACCACGCAUUACCACAUGCCUGAGGGCAUAGUGGACAGAGAGGCCGACACGAAGCAGCCUAAUGCCCACCAGGGAGCUGAGAUGGAGGUGAGGAGACUGCAGGACUUACAGAGGGAGGAAAGGAGGAGGAGAGAGGAGCAGCUCGAGAAGGCUCGCCUUAGAGGGAAGGAGGCUCUGAGGAGGGAACACCUCGUCCAGGAUCGCGAGCGCUUGCUCGUUGAACUGGAGCACAUGCAGCAGACGGACCUGCUGAGGAGGAGACAGCAGGUGUCCCAGAUGCCCGCUCAGAUCUUCCAGCCUCUCCUAAAGAGACAGGAGACGAGGGAGGACUUCCAGAGGGAGAUGGAGUUUGCCUUUGAGGACAUGUACACCGGAGAGAGGAGGGUCAAAGGUGACCUGGUGUUGCAGCUGGUACCCGAGCCUCUGCCAGCUCUGUCCACAGGCAGCCAGGACCAAGAGCUGGACGUCUCAAUGGAUGGAAUCACCACACAAGGAGCAGCAACAACACAACAUGGCGCUGAGCGGGAAUUAUCUGAUCACACGGAGUCCUCCAAACCUGCUCCCAGACGGGCUUUGAAGAAACUCCUGGAUCGCAUCAGGAGCCAGACGAACCAGUGGACUGACCACGACAGUCGCGGCCCUUCAGCCGAUUCACCGACCGCCGUCACCGACCAGAUCCCCGAGCGGGACACGACCAUCGACACGGGCUCUCUGUCCAGCGAGGAGAAAGGCCUCCUGCUGCCCACGGAGCUCCCUGAGCCUGACCCAGCGCUGGAGACAACGGAGCGGUCGUCUGCAGCAGAUCCUCCACUUCCCGAUGUACUUGCAAGCAGAGUCCAAGAGUUUGAAGAAGAACGAAAGAGACGGGAAGAGGAGCUCGACAGGGAGAAGCAGCAGCAGGUGGUUUUGCUCCAGGAGCUGGAAAAGCAGAAAGCCAAAUUGGAGCAAAUGCUGCUCGAGGCCCAGCAAGAGAGAGAAGACCUGAAGGCUGUUGUGACCCAGGACGAACCCAUCAACCAACCAGAAGUACCUGUCCAUCACCAGGAAGUCGCCUCUGUCAAUCCUGGUGCAGCCACUGAGCUGGUGCCUCCUGCAGGUGAAGAUGAACACACCAGACGGAUUAAAGAGUACCAACAGCGGCUGCUGGAACAAAACGGGAUUCACCAGAGGUCCAUGGAGGUGGCUCGCCAGCGCCUGGAGGAAUACCAGCGAGCUCUACGGAUACGUUACAACAUGACCGCCACGUCGCCGGUCGUCGUGCCUUUGGGCCUCCUUGUUCAUUCUCCUCUGCACGGUUCUCAGUCUGCUCAUCUCCCAGCUCCCCCGCAGCUCCCUACGACCCCUGCGGCGCCCCCAUACAUCCACGCCAAAUGGCAAACCCCUGCGGAAGUUCCCACAAGAGAGUCCGACAUGCCGGCUUCGCCCUCACGACUUCCGGGCGUGAGCGUUGGCUCCAAGCUGCUGCUGCCGGAUGACGUUGGAUCUUUUUCGAGCAAUCCGUUGAACCGGAGACCGGAUGCCACCGCCUGGCUGACCGACAACAUAAUGGAGAGAGUGACGGAGCACCUUCCAGAGAGAGUGAGACCCUCCUCCGAGCCACCAUCUUACAAGCGGUUCCCAACGCAUCAUUCAGCCAGCGUCUCGCCUCAGCCGGCCUCUGAUUCCAUCCAAGCCACAAGCCCGCGCAUCACAGAUAGGGCACCUUUGGGCGAGCGAGGGCCCGCGCCACAUGGCUCCCUGCGGACCGGGUCCCCGAGCUCCGGGGAGGAGGAGGAGGAGGACGACGACAUGGAGAGGCAGAGACAGAGACAAGAGCUGCUGGAGGUCCAGAGACGGGUGCUGGAGCUGAGGGAUACUGUGGCUCUUCAGCAGAGGCGGCGAGAAGAGGAGAGGCAGAGACAGGAGGAGCAGCGACGGAGACAGGAAGCGGAGAUGGAGCAGAUGAGGCGGCAAAAGGAGACGCUGCAGGCUCUGAUUCAUACUGAAGAACAACUGGUUCCAGAGGCUGCCGGUGAAGUGUUGGUUUCAGAGGACAUCGGUCAGACCCGCCUCAAAUUACUGGCGUCCCUGCUGAGAGCUAUAGAGGAGUCUAACGGAGGAACUUUAGCUCACUUAGAAGACCCUCAGGAGAACGACGGCUCCCCUCCGCAACCGACAGCCAACAGUGGUGAGACGGAUCUCAUCGGUCAGAGCGAAGUUCCUGCCGGACCUGCCCCGGCGUCAGUCUUCACCUCAGGACUCUUCCCCCCUCCUCCUCGAGCAGCGAAGCCCCCGGUGACCCGCGUCAGGCUGGGCGCCAUGGAGAUGAUGACGGAGCAACACGAGCUCAGUGCCAUUCAAGAGGUGGAGACACCGGUCGACUCCAGCCAAGUCGCAGGCCCGGAGGAUAGUGUGACGGUCCCCUCUCCCGCUCUGGGCUGGGAUCGGCUGGAGGAUUCUGAAUCGUCCAUGUCCUCUGACAGGACCCCGCAGGCGCCCUCUUGGUCCAGCAGUGGGCAGCGGACGGCUGAACGAUCAACCAGCUCUGGGACAAGCUCGGGAGGAGUCUGGAAAAAGAGGCUGCUGAUGGGAGCAGGGACGUCUCCAGAUUCCUCAGGGUCUGAUACAGUCCUGAGGAUGAUCUCACCGCUUUCCUCCGACUCUGGGAGAGGAGCUGACUCUUCUGGUCCUGCGGUCACAAGCAACAGACCCUCCGCAGAGUCUGCACAUAGGACUCCAGAUUCUGACUGCCUCUCCUCCACCACCAUCUCCACCGGCAGCUACAUCACCACCGAUCCUGAGCUAAACGUCCACGCCGAUAAAUCCCCGCCACUCAGACAUUUUGCAAAACCAGGACGAGGAGCAGAUUCACUCGACAUCUCCUCUCCGUCCGCUCAAAGCUCCUGUAUCAAGGACAGCUCGGCUGCAGGCCGUCCUGGUCUGGCUGUGGACUCUCUGUUUAAUGACAGCAGCAUCCAGAACAUUAUAGACAGAUACACAAGGGAGCUUAACAUCUCCCUCGGCGCUGCUGGCAAAACCACAGACAGCGAAGGCUCAUACGUGGAGGAACCCGGCUCUUCAGUUUCCCAGCAGGCUUCGGUUCGAGUCCCGGAGAGGAGCGGGGAGGAUGAAAGCUCUACAGCUCGCCGGUCUCUUCCCUCGGACACCGCAGGAGCACAGAGGAGUGGCCUGGAUUGGCACAAUGCAGUUAAUCCGAUCCCGGAGCACUUCUCAGGAGAGGACCCGUCACUGGCCGAGGACCAGGAACAGGACUCCUUCAGACCUCUGAUCGGCCAGCUGGCGGACCAGUCGUCCUGUCUCGCCGCUGACCAGAGGGACUCGGCCAUGGAGCAGCUGGUCGGUCAACCGUCCGCUCACUCGUCCAUGAUUGGUCAGCUGCCAGGCCCGCCGGUUUCGGUGAGCUUUGAUCACGGUGGAUGGGAUUCCACUCUGAGUCGGAUGAUCGGUCGACUCUCCCAUCAGUCCAGCUCUCACUGGCUGAGCGGUGGGCAGGACUUUUACGCCGACCAGCUGACGGGUCGGAUGGCGUUGGAGCAGUCGACCACGUGGCUGGAUGGAGGUCCGGAGGAGAGCCGGAUGAGGCCGCUGGUUGUGGAGCUGGAUGAGUCCGCUGGCCAGCACAGUGGAAGCUCAGAUGAAAGAACUUACGUGGAUCUUGGUGUCUCAACUGAAGCCAGUGUGCCGUCGUUGCCUCCAGAAGCCUCGUCACACAGGGCCUCGGUCCCUGGUGUGAAUCCACUUCACCAGACGGAGCAGAACCAAACCAGUCCAAUGGACCUGGACCCAGAGAGGACUGAAGUGUUUCCAGACUCAGACUCAUUCCACCCGCUGCUGGCUGAGGUCACCCACAACGAAACGGCAGACCUCUCCAUGACCUUUCACCUGCCCGAACACAAAGUGCCUACGUCCCCUGAGGGACAGCCGGCCAGCGGGGAACACGGUGUUUCCACGUCUUCCGAGGAGUUUGAAACCGAUGAGUCCGAGCCGUCCUCCGAGCACCUCAGAGCGGAGGAGCCGUCCAGCUGCGCGGCAGCUUCCCCCGCCUCGCAUGAAUCCUUCUCCCAGCUCAUCACCUCCCAGUGCCACCCCCAUGAAUCCGUCCUCGUGCUGUCUCCUGACACGAGGACGGACGAGGAGCCAACAGCUCUGAGCUUGUCACGUUUAACAAUGUGUGAUGACAUGUCGGAGGGACCUCGAGCAGACAGAAACCGAGUCUGUCCUUUCUCAGAUAAGAUAUUGGAAGCUGCCGGUGAGAAGGGGAUCCUAGAGCAGUCGGAGAUAACACUGGUGAGCCUGAGCGACACCACGAUGCAGGAUCAAGAGAAGACCAUCACUGAGGAAGAGGGAACGUGGGAAGAUGAACAUCCUGACAGCGUGAGGGAAGAGGGACAGCAAGCCCAAGAGACAGAGAGGUCUGAAUCCACGUCGGCACAGGAUGGGACUCCAGAGGACGAGAACCACACACACCCAGAUCCAGGGACGCUCCUGGAGUUUCAGUGGGAUCCCAGCAGAGACCUGCAGGAGCUCCACCAGCAGAAGCGCAGAGCGCUGCUCCAGCGAUCGUCCCGCAGGGUGGAGGAGAUCAAGGCCAAAGGGGCUCUUGCAAAGAUUCAACCUGAGAUCUCAGCUCCACCUGAAGCCAGAGAGCAGUCUAUAGCUAAGGAAUCUAAGCCAGUCCCCAGUAAGGCAAAGAUGAAGGCAGAAACUCAACAUAAGACUAAUACCAAGUCAAAGGGGGGACAGGCUGAGCCGCAUCAAACUAAUGAGAGAUCUGGCUCCAUCGAGCAGAAAACGCCCCAGCUUCUCCCUCCAGCGAGGGAUCCCAGGGUUAAACAGGUGGUCGAGGUGAAGAGCUGCACACCGGAGCAAAGGAAACGGGAUGUUUCUGAGAUGCACCAGAGAACUCUGAGACUGUACGAGCAGCUGGAGGAGGUGAAGCGUCAGAAAGCCAUCAGGAGCCGACAGCAAGCUUCUGCAACCAACAGACUGAAGGCCAAAGAGUUCCACAAGAAAACCUUACAGAAGCUCCGGGCCAAGCAGACGCCGCCGCUACUUUGAAUGUGUCCUGGUUCUACUUUUUAAAUACAUUUGUAAAGUGUUUUUUUUUUUUUUUAAAUCAAUAAAGCCUUUUAAGUUAUUUUAAUCCACUUUUUGCACCCGUGUUAUUUUAAGAAUGGAUAUUUCAAAAUCACAGCCAACUCUUAACUUUCAGAUGAGUUUAAUAAGAUUAAACAUUCUUGAAGUCGAUUACAGAAUUACAAAAACUUGCAGUUACUAUUUUUUUCUUUUACUGACAAGCUGAGAGUCACUUCUCAUAUUUCAGUUUGUCACCUGUGGUACAGAAGUUAACCUCAAAAUAACUUGAUUUCACACAAAUGAGAUGGGAAGUAGAGUAUCCUGUUUCAGAGGCUUUUCCACCUAAACAAUAAUACAGAUAUUUUGAAACCAAUCAUCUCAUUUCCAACAAUGGAUUCAAGCCUCUAUUUCUUAAAAGGAAAAUUCAGAUUAUCAACCUUCUCUUCCUAUCAGUUGGGUAUAUAGUGGGAAAAAAUGCCUGCAGUUCUGUGGGGGCGCAGCUGCAAAAAUCUGCUCAUGUCCCUUCCUCCAGUGACGCACUUGGUAUACGGAAAAAAACUACGGAGUUCUACACUCAACUUCGGUAGCUGACGCUACUCCAAAAACGUGCUCUUGUCACGUUUCCAACAGUUAAAAAAAAAAAAGGCAAAAUAAGUACAGAUAAUGUUAUUGGGUGUUUUAGGAUCAGUUAACAGAGCAAGUAAGCCCGUCUUAGUUUAGUGUAAGAGAGAAACUUGAAUUCCGAAGGUGUACUGUUGUAUUUAAUAAAGUUUAGGAGAGUUAUUUUUCUUUGUCAGACAUGGAAAAUCACUGUUCGCAAUGCAUCCUGGUACAUGUAGGCACAGCUAACACGGCUCCUUAGCAGGAGGGUCAAUAUAGCUCGCACUGGAGGAUUUAUCUUUUCAUUUACCAUCAGCACUGAUUGGACAGCCACAUAAAAGCUGGUGAACUCUCCCCUUAAAGUCUCACUAAGUCAUCCUCAUAUGGCCACAUAUUUAGAAAGACAAAAUCCCAUGUGGUCCCCCCUCUUCCCACAGCGGGGGAAUAAAACAGCAUCUCUUGAGUUUAGAGUUUGGAGAAGGCGAUGGUCUUUGGACUCUUCUUCUCCAUGGAGGCCUGAGCUGAUUUCAUCACAUCCUGAGUCUGAAGCAUGCUCAUGUUCCAGGUAGCCUGGAAAGGGACAAACGAGGUGCUCAGUGUUGACUAAUAUCCAGGCAUUGUGGUGAUGAGGAGAAAAUAAAGGCGGUGUUCUCACCAUGUAGUCCAGUCCCUCGGCCACACUGUGGUCUCUGGAGUAGAUCAGGUUGACUUUGGUGCCCUGCACGGCUACGGGGCUGCGACCAGCGAUCUCCCCGGCCAUCUCCAGAGCUGCAGCUAUCAUGGCCUCCUUAUCUGCAAACACUC